UGCAGUGUGGUCACACAAAAAGACGCGUCGGAGUUUAAGUUUAGAGCUACUUAAUUUUUUUUUAAUUAAAAGAGCAUCUUUGAAUCAAAAUACUAAUCCUUCAAAUGCAAUAUAAAAAAGGAACAGUCCGCCGCAGAGCUAAGGGCGGAAAAUAACGGGAAACUGGCGGUACACAAUCCAAUUUUCAUCGUCAAGAUUUGUGUGUGAGUGAAGAAAUUCCAACAAUGCGCAGCCUAAUACCAAUACACACACGCUGCCUGAAUUUCUUUAUGCAAAAGUGAUCGCAAUAAAGCGCAGCGGGUAAACUACUUGUCUACGUUGCGGCAGCUAUAAAAACUUAAAUACUGACCACAUAUCAAAUCUGACUGGGUGAGGUUGGCGGUAAUACGCAGAGUCCACAGUAAAAGAUACGCCUCAUGGAUCUGUAUCACCAUAUCAGACAUCAUUAUCCACCCACAAGCAUAGCCAGCACAGGAGCGGUUGUGGGGAGCUCGUCAACAAUAAAUAGACCGGAACUGCACCAAAAAUGCAACCGGGGCUCGCACUCUAGUGACACCAGUUCGGCGUACAGCGGCAGCGAUACAAUGGCCUCAAACUACGCCUCAUCUCUGGAGGCCGAGGAGAUUGACCUAUCCGGCUUGGUGGAGUCAGUCGUGGACUCCGACGAGGAGGAUCUGGCGGAGAGCAUGGAUAGUCUAACUGUGCGAGAUGCAGUGCGGGACUGCCUGGAGAAGGAUCCGGCGGAGCGUAGCGAAGAGGACGUGGAAGUGCUGCUUGAGUUCACGCAGGGCCUUAAAGCUUUCACUAACAUAACACUGUCAGUGCGACGAGCACUCUGUUCCGUUAUGGUGUUUGCCGUGGUGGACAAGGCCGGAACCGUGGUUAUGUCAGAUGGUGAAGAAUUGGACUCUUGGUCGGUUCUCAUAAACGGCGCCGUGGAGAUCGAACAUGCGAACGGCAGCCGCGAAGAGCUGCAGAUGGGCGACUCCUUUGGCAUCCUUCCCACUAUGGACAAGCUUUACCACCGAGGUGUGAUGCGGACCAAGUGUGACGACUGCCAGUUUGUGUGUAUCACGCAGACGGAUUACUACCGCAUUCAGCAUCAAGGCGAGGAGAACACACGGCGGCAUGAGGACGAAUAUGGGUCUGUGGUCAUGGUCACGGAGCUGCGAUCUAUUGGAGGUGGUGGCACUGACUGUGCUGGCGGUGGCGGAUUGACAACGGGAGCUUCGUCAUCUUUGAACAUGAAACGCGGUCACGUCGUCAUCCGAGGCACUCCAGAGAGGCUGCUACAGCAGCUGGUAGAAGAAAACUCAAUGACGGACCCCACCUACGUGGAGGACUUUUUGCUCACACAUCGCAUCUUUAUUCAUAACCCGCAAGAGGUAACCAGCAAAUUGCUGCAUUGGUUUGAUUUAGAGCAAGUGGAUGCGCACAAGACGCAAGAACUGCGGGACCGCGUCACACGGGUAGUGCUUCUCUGGGUCAACAACCACUUUACCGAUUUUGAGGCGGAUCAUAAAAUGAUGGAGUUUUUAGAAGUCUUUGAAGCACUGCUUGAGAGAAAGAAGUUGCUAAGCCAACUGCGUCUUUUGCACAUUGCGUGUGCCGCAAAAGCGCGAAUUCGCAGCUGUACUCUUACUCGAUCAUCGCGUGACGAGCCGCUCAACUUCAACAUCGUGGGCGGCUACGAGCUUAGGGGCGUAGCCGUAGCCACAGGCAACGCAGCCGUGGGCAUUUAUAUUUCACACGUUGAACCUGGUUCAAAGGCCCAAGAUGUGGGACUCAAGCGCGGCGACCAGAUUCACGAAGUGAAUGGGCAGUCUAUGGACCAUGUGACUAGCAAGCGAGCUCUUGAGAUCCUUACGGGCACCACACACUUGAGCAUUAGCGUAAAAAGCAACUUGCUUGAUUUUAAAGAGAUAAUGCAGGCUCUUGAACAUGGCAGUGGAACCGUUGGAUCCGGAAGUGUUUCCGCGGGCAGCAGCAGUUUUAAGUGCCUCCGAAGUCCCCGCCGCAUUUGCGCCAAUGAUAUUGCUAAGCUGCACGGUCGCUCCGAUAGCACCACCGACGAAUUGUCCAGCGUCAGCGCCUCAAAUCGGGCGCACAUGGUGCGCCUAAGUUCCGUAGAUAUGCUACUCGACCAGCCGGACUGCGCACCACCGCAAACACCGCCAGUGAGCGGUAGUGGAAACAUGGCCUCCAACUUUAUGCAGCAGCUGCUACAAAGCGUUAACAACAGCUCGGCUAAAAAGGGCUCCAACUCUAAUUCCGAUCAGCAGGAUACAAAAGGGGGUUUUAUGACUUUGGCGCCCAAGCGGCGGUUGCAAAAGGCACUGGCAAAAAUGAAUUUGCUCAAUAAACAGCAUCACGGAAGCAGCCUUAACGAUUCGUCCGACACGCUGCUUAAUGACCCCAAGUCGAAGCUCUCUACGGUCACUUCGUCCAGCAGUUCCACUCAGUCCUCGAUUAAUGGAUGUGCGGCCAGUGGGAGUGGUCGACUCUACCAGUCACAAUCAAAUCCGGAUUUAACCAGCCUCAAUUAUGAAGGAGGCAGUGAAGCGGGAGGAACUGGUGGUGGAAAGCUGCAUGCAAACUACCUGGGCGCCCACAUUCACCGACCAUCAACAGCGAGUACUCUGACGACAAACUCCACGCAGUCGCACCUUCCCGAUUACCCCGAUCACGUGUUAAAGGUGUAUAAGGCAGAUCAGACGUGCAAAUAUGUGCUUAUCUACAAAGAGACGACGGCUCACGAGGUAGUAAUGCUGACACUGCAGGAGUUUGGAAUCCACGACCCCAGCUCAAAUUUCUCGCUAUGCGAAGUGAGUGUAGGCGAUGGUGGAAUGGUAAAGCAGCGCAGGCUUCCUGAUCAGCUGCAGAACCUGGCGGAGCGAAUUAGCUUUGCGGCGCGUUACUACCUCAAGCUCAACGAUAGUACCGAGCCGCUAGUUCCGGACGAACUGGCCUUGGAGCUAGUACGCGAGUCAAGUGUCCACUUUCUACAUCUAAACGCAUACGAGCUGGCCAUACAACUCACUCUACAGGAUUUUGCAAACUUUCGCCAGAUUGAGUCCACAGAAUAUGUGGACGAAUUGUUCGAGUUACGCUCUCGAUACGGGGUCCCCAUGCUCAGCAAAUUUGCUGAACUUGUUAAUCGCGAAAUGUUUUGGGUGGUUAGUGAAAUUUGCGCCGAGCACAACAUCGUGCGUCGCAUGAAGAUAGUAAAGCAGUUCAUCAAGAUUGCUCGCCACUGCAAGGAGUGUCGGAACUUUAACUCCAUGUUUGCUAUAGUCUCUGGCCUGGGACACGGAGCUGUGUCGCGACUGCGUUUAACGUGGGAAAAGCUGCCUUCUAAGUACCAGAGGUUGUUCAACGACCUGCAAGACCUAAUGGACCCUUCGCGCAAUAUGAGCAAGUAUCGGCAACUAGUAUCGGCCGAACUGUUGGCUCAGCACCCCAUCAUUCCGUUUUAUCCGAUUGUAAAAAAGGAUCUCACCUUUAUACACCUAGGCAAUGAUACAAGAGUGGACGGCCUAAUCAACUUCGAGAAGCUUCGUAUGCUGGCCAAGGAAGUACGCCUACUGACGCAUAUGUGUAGUUCUCCCUAUGAUCUGCUGUCUAUCCUUGAGCUCAAGGGACAGACUCCCUCUAACGCCCUUUUCUCGCUCAAUCAGAUGUCUGCGUCUCAUAGCAACUCUGCCGCCAGCACAGUAAUAGCGGCCAACGCUGGCCAGGCAACUAUAAAGCGGCGCAAGAAAUCAGCGGCGGCGCCCAACCCAAAAAAAAUGUUUGAGGAAGCUCAGAUGGUGAGACGGGUUAAGGCUUACCUCAACAGCCUUAAAAUACUCAGCGACGAGGACUUGUUGCACAAAUUUUCGUUGGAGUGCGAGCCUGCACACGGAUCCACCUACUCGGGCAGUAUUUCGCACGGUAACACCUCGCACCGAAGCGGAGGUGGCGGUGGCUGUGGCAGCUCUGGCGGAUGCGGCGCGGGCAGUUCCAGCCUCAAUGCCGGCGACCAGCUGAGCAUCUACUCGCAUACCAGCUCCAGCUCGGCACCAAAUUCCUCUCUCUCGUUGCGCAAGAGACACCCAAGUUCGCCCACCCUUUCGACUACCAGUUCGACUAGUUCCACCAGCGAUCAUCAGCGGCGACAGAUGAACAACAACGGGCCGAAAUUCGGUACAGCUUCGCCUCAGGCAGUCAAGAAGAUGCUAUCACUGUCAGAAUCUUCCAAGAUCCGGCCACACCAGCCGUUUGUGCCACGCCACGGACCCGCUGUACCUGGUGUAAUUCCGCCGUUACAUCACAUGCAUGCAGCACAUGGUUUCAGCACACCAUCGGGAUGCGGAGCGUUAGGAGUGGCUCCUUCGCCGGCUGCCGGGGGAGUACCCAACGCCCAGUGCACGACGAGCCCUAGUCCCUGCUCCCAUCGACGUCUAGCAUCGGGAGGGAACAUAAUGCCGGUUCGUGCCAUCCACGAGCGAUCACACUCGGACACUCCAGCUCCGCCGCCGCCUUUACCAUCGGUUGAUCUUUCUCUCGAGAGCAGUAGUGUAACUACUUUUCGCGAUUUACCACUUCGCAAAUCCGUAACUUCCGGUUCCAUAUCGUCCUGUGACAGCGGCUACGUGCAUCAGCAGCAACACCACCACUUCCAGUACCGACAGCAACAGAACAGCACUUAUCAUGAGGUAUCGCCCCCAGUUUAUACGGCAGCCGACUGCCGGCUGCUGCAGCAAAUAUCGAACAAUGCAGUGACCCGUAGUCUGAACAGUUCUUGUCAGAGCACAACCACACCACCCAGCACACCAACACCAACACCUAACCAUCCUGCAGCAACCAUUCAGCUUUCUGCACCACCGACUGCAGCGGCAUACAUGAAUAUACGCAGCCAACAUCAGCAACUACCGCAACAGCAAUCUUUGAUCAUGCCACCUCCGCCUCCUCCGCCGUACAAUGUACCCCCCCUGGCCAGUCUCUACACUCAAUCACAAGGCAAUCCUGGCAGUAGACAUCUGAACCACAUGCAUGGUGGGCCGCCAAAUUUUAUGGAUAACACCAAGUGUACCAUAUGCCCCAUGCCACCCUUGAACCAAUAAAGAAUCGAAUUGUGUUUUCUUUACAGCUACAAGUUUAUUUAAUUUAUUUAUACAGAGUUGCCAAAAUUGUUAAUUGUUGGGGUUUCAAGUUCGACAGCAAUCAAGCACGACAAAUCCAAUAACCUUCCCCAUAAUCGGAGCAGCUAAAACAAUACUGGAAUCUUAUUGUUUUGCGUAUAUAAUUAUUUUUAGUGUCUUAAAAUUUAAUUUUAGUUAGUGGCCUACGAUUUAUUUUUUAAUUUAGCAAAAUUCUUUGUAUACAUUUUCUCCCUCAUCACUCACCGCCAGUGUAGAAGUUGCCUUUUCUCUUAAAAGAAAACGUCUGCAGGCAGACUCUCUAAGCAGAUCCAAAAACAAAUCAUGAAGACUUUGCGGUAUUUACAAAUGUAAGAGCAAAAGAAAAGAAUUUCAAUGCCCAUCACGACAAUGAAACGAUCAAUUGAUAAGGAACCGCAAAAGGAAUCAACUUAUAUCUCCAUAAAAGUAGACUUCAUGUUAUACUUAUGAACAAUUUAAUUUUACUCUUAAUACUUUAUAUAUAUACAUAUAACGAAAAGCCUUCGCUCCAAUUCCAAAAAUUAAGUUAUUAAGCGCGAAAGAGAGAAAGAGACAAACAUUUAUUUCGAAUAUAUUUUCCAAACAUUCGUAUUUAUGUACCCAACAAAAUAAGGGAAGGAAAAUGCAAUAUUUGAGUAAAGAAUUAUACAAUACCUAGACCUAGCCCACAAGAACGAAAAUAAAUCAACAGUGUACAAUUUCCUCGAAAGUAACCAGAAUUAGUUUACAAAAGACAAACCUAAGACAUAUAAGAAAAACAUAAAUGUUAAUUUUUCAUAGAAUAUUUCUCACAAGUAAAACACUCCUAUAUAAAUAUUUUUGUGUGUGUAUAAAUGCCUGUUAUUUACAUAGAUAUAUACAACCUAAAUAUACAAAAUAUAUAUACAAGAAAUCUCUAUAUACAUACAAAUCAUAAGUGGAGAUUUGUUUCUCCCUUAAAUUUAAAAUCAAAUUACGUUGUGCUGAAGACAGAAAAAAAAUGAAUAUCAAAUAAAAUGCUAAAAAUGUGCUCUUGGUAAUUUAAAUUAGACUAAAACAAAAUAUAGCUUUUUAAGGCUUUAAAUAAAUAAUUUAAAAUCUGAACCUAAAUUGUA